AAAAUGUAAAUGCAGACAUGGAAAAACUUUUGUUUUUCCGUUUCAAAUGUUUUAAUUACCAUAACAACACCUGAAAUUGACGAUGCCAGCAAGCAGCUUCAUAAGUGCUGGGACACGUAGCCAGAGCUUUCACUCUUCCAAUUCAUUGCAUUCUAAACGGUCCAAAACACUAUCAUAUCGUACAAUAAGUAGACAUUCCAAUGUUGAUGAAGAUUUAUUCGGAGUGCCGAUGUAUUUGAAAGAAAGACAGUGUCGUUUAACGGAACAGGAUAAUAGUAUUUCGAAAGACCCAGACAUCAUUAUUACAAGGCAAAAAUUAUUUAGACCAGGUUUAUUACGGGAAGAGUGUGGACCAGAAAAAGAAAAUCAACAGAGAAAAAAAAUAAGGCAUCUCACGUCUGAUUUAGUUCGUAAUCUUAUAAUACCUUCAGAUUACAUUGACAAGAAAAGAAUAGUCAUACCAACAGGAAAAUAUAAAGAACUUUUACAAAAAGCUAAAUUGUUGACAGAUGAAGAGGAACGAUUAGUUAAUGAUCAAGAAAAAUCUGAACAGAAAACAAUUCUGGAAGCAGUAGAGCAACGUAAACAGAAAAUGCGUGAAUAUGAUUUAAAUCGUGUGCGCAAUGAACGGCUUACAGAUUUAGAAGAAGAAGCAAAGAAACAAGCAGAAAGUUUGUUACAAAAAGCAUUGGAACAACGGCAAGAUCAAGAAGAUGAAAUAAAGGCAUUAAACGAAUGGAUAUUGAAUGCCAAAAUACAAGCAAUAAGGGAUGAACAAAUUCUAGAAAAAAGUUUAAUUAAGAAGGAAAUGGCUGAAGAAGAACUACGUUUAGACAAUAUGAUGGAGUUAGAAAGACAAAACGCUAUACACAUACAGGAAGAGAUAGAAAAAAAGCGCAAACAUCAGGAAAUUCUUGGAGCUUGCAGAGUUUUAGAACAAAUCGAGGAGAACAAACAAGAUCGUCUGAUGGAAUUAGAACGGACCGAACAGGAGAAUAUUUUAGCGACACAACGAAUAGCUGAAGAGAAUAUGAAAGAAAUUGCUAAUAGAGAGAAGAAAAGGAAAAUUCAAGAAAAAAUGAGAAUUGAGCUUAAUAUAGCUAAUGAUGAAUUAAGAAAACGACGAGAAGUUGAAAAAGAAAAAGAUCGUUUAAUGGAUUUGAAAAUAAUGCAAAUUCAAAAUGAAAAAGCAGAACGUGAAGCUGCCUAUGAAGCGGAACAACUACGUAUAAAACAUGAGAAAGAACUAGAAAUUACACGUUUACGUGCAUUACAAGAAAGAGCAUCGGAUGAAGCUGCAGAACGUGAUGCACUGAGAGCUAAACGCGCGGCUGAAGCUAAUGAAAGAGAAUGGAGACGUAAAGAAUUAUUAGCUGCACAGAAAAAGAUUGAAACAGAAAAUGAAUUGAAAUUAGCUAGAGCAGCGCAAGCGGAAGACAGAAAACGUCAGUUAGCAAUUGAAGCUGGUCGUGAAAGAGUUGAAUUUCAAAGAAUUUUGAAACGUCAACAAGAACUUGUAGAAAAUGAUAAACGCGCUGAAUAUGAAGCUAAACAGAAGAGUUUUCAAAAUCUAAAAGAUCUUCGCCUUCAAAUAUGUGAAAAAGAGAGAGAACGCAUUGCAGAAAGAAAUGCAGUAUUUGAAGAAGGUCUGCGAUUAAAUGAAGAAGCAAGGUUACGGCGUUUGCGUUUAAACGAAGCAAAAACACGUAAAUUAAAGGAGUUGAAAGAGGCUGGUAUACCAGAUAAAUAUCUUUCACAAGUUGAAAGGAAAGUUGCACAGUUUGGUAAGUUUCGAUCAACGGAUUAAAUAGAAAAUAUAAACAAGUGAAAAUCAUUGUCUAUUGGACUGCAAUUUUUAUUAUUUGAAAAAGAAGAUCAAAAAAUUAGGAUGAUUAUUAAGAAAAGUGAUGAACUAAACGAAUAAAGAGUAAUAUACUACUCAUUAAUUUACUUAAAUUUUGUUCAGAAAACAAAUUACAUCUGAAAUACAUUUAGUUGGUAUUUCAAAAUGAAAUGUAUGAAAUUCAGUAACUUUUGUCAAUAGUAAGAUUACUUUCGAGAAUAAUUCAUUUACACUUUUUUUCUGCUAAAUAUUACGUCUAAUCAUUUUUAUUUGGUUUAUAUGUGAUUACUUCAUUAACUAUACAUGCGUAUAUAUAUGCCAUAGUGAACAAGAACUUAGGUGGGGAUGGCAAAUUAAUCAUAAAAGGCAAAAUUACACAGUUGCUAAGCAGAAUUUGAAAAUCAUAUAUUAAAUACGCCAUUUACACAUCUUUUUUUGGGUUUCCCCUUUAUAUUUUUUAUUAUUCCUCUAAUUGUGUUGUUAUCUUGUUAGCCCUCCGAUUUCCUUCUUGUUCUCUUCAUUUCAAUUUUCUGAGGGCAGACAUUCCUCCUACGAUUAGUGCUACAUACUACUUAUAUCUGUCAAUAUGUAUUACAUCCUAUAGUUCUAUGAACGUGUGUUACCUUAUGUCUUGGUAACAUAUGCUUAUCGCAAAGACAUAUUAGUUUCGGUUGUUUAUCGUAUUUUGAAUCACACUAAUGUAUAGCACAAAGCAAUUUAUCUUUUAAUGGAUCUUUAUAUACACUUAGGAAAGCAUGAUGAUUAAAGUUUUUACUGUACUAAA